AUGUCGGAAAGUUCGGAUGAUUACGUUAAAGAGAUAUUGGACUUGAUUAUGGAGCAUGAAGACAUUGAUGCCCUUUUGCAUGAAAUGAAUGACAAUGAUGUAGGUGCUAAAUACAAUGCAAGUGUCUUAUCUGAACCAUCUUUGCUGGGAUUGAUAAGUCUUGUCGAGCAGAACUCUUCGCUGUUGAAUUCCAAACUGUCGAAAUCGUCUGCCACCGUACUUAGUGAUGCCUUGAAAAAGAUGACAUCUAGCGAGAGAAUUGAAGUUUUUAUUGGGGACAGAGUUAAGGAGAACAAUGUAACCGUAGUCAUGAAAGCCUGCAAACACUACAUAGAUAAAAAAGAAUUCUCUAUUAAUACCUUUGCAAAGAAUCUUAACAAAGAGCCCAUAGGUUACCUACCCUUUGAGCUUAUUUGGCUGUUGCAUUCUAAGGGUAUAAUGACGCUUGACCUAUUUUUCAUAAGUAACUUGAAGCGACCUCUCACAAUAAACAGCGUAUCGGAUAGCGUCUACAAGUUAUGCAGCAACUCCACCACUGGUGAGAAUGCCAGCGAUUCUGAUGAUGAUGAUAACAAUGACGUUGGUAAUAAGGUGACUAAAAGAAGACACAAUACUACUACCGCCACUGCUACGGCUGCUGUUGCCAUUGCCGCUACUGCUGCUGCGACAACUAUUGGGCGGCGUGAUGGUCUAGUGGUUAAGGUCGCCUGGAGCUGUUUCGCAGUAACCGGGUUCGAAUAUGACAAGAAGAUCCCCGAUUAUCACAUGCUUCGUGUGUGA